AUGUUUCCUUAUCAAAGAUUGAGACAUCAUGAUGAAUAUUAUGGCCUGGAAGAAGAAGGACAUGUUGGUUAUGAUGAAAGAGCGAGAGUGAUCCUUAAACCCAGAAGUUGGUACCGGCCCUUCAAUUCUGUGCAGAUUCGGAGGAAGAGAUUCAGAUUGAAGGUUCCGAGGUUGAGGAGGCUGAUAUUGAGGAAGAAGUUUAGGGUGGUGUCUGCUUUUAGAGGGUCGUGCGCGAAGUUGUUGAAGAGAUUGAAGGAAAGUCAGUCCCAUUUUGGUGAUAUUUUUGCUGGGAAUUAUCUCUUCUUGCAGGUUAAUCCUACCUCCAUGAAGAGCAUUCAAGAAUCCUGCCAAGCCAAUCAACUUAAGCUUCAAGGGUUGCCUUCAGGCUUCUCUCUUUCCAGGGUCGCUUAA